CGUUACAUAAGUGUGUGCACUUGGAAGUAGCGUGAUAAUUGCAAAGAGAUAAUAAUUAUUAAAAAACAUCAUGCUGCCUGCGUACCGCUCAUGGCGGCAGCUUACCCGCCUGGGCCAGUGUCGGUUUGCUUUAAGCAAAUGUUGGCAUCCACCUAGAGCCAGUACCAGGCUUCUUCACCAAACUCCUCCAAUGCGGGCGGACGUGCAGCUGACGCGGGAGCACUACCCGGUGACGCGCGGGUCCUACAGCGAGCUGACGGACGACGACCUGCAGCAGUUCCGCCGUAUUCUGGACGACGGCCGCGUGGUGACCGCCGCCGACGAGCUGGACAUUUACAACACUGACUGGUGGCGCACCUGUCGAGGCGAGAGCCGCGUGCUGCUGAAGCCGCGCACCACCGAGGAGGUGUCGCGCAUUCUGCGACACUGCAACGACCGCCGCCUGGCGGUGUGCCCGCAGGGCGGCAACACGGCCGUCGUCGGCAACGGCGUGCCAGUCUUCGACGAGGUCAUCGUCUCCACACAGCUGAUGAACCGCGUGCUGCACUUUGACGAGUUUUCUGGCGCGCUGACCUGCGAGGCCGGCCUGGUGCUAGAGGCGCUGGACACGUACGUCAGCGAGCGCGGCUACAUCGCGCCCGUGGACCUGGGCGCCAAGGGCAGCUGCCAGAUCGGCGGCAACGUGUCCACCAACGCCGGCGGCCUGCGGCUCUUCCGCUAUGGCAACCUGCACGGCACGGUGCUCGGCCUGGAGGCGGUGCUGGCUGACGGGGAGGUGGUCGACCUCAUGUCUGCCAUGAAGAAGGACAACACCGGCUACGACCUGAAGCAGCUCUUCAUAGGCUCCGAGGGCACGCUCGGCUUCGUCACCAAGGUGGUCGUCCAAUGUCCGGCCAAGUCCAACGCUGUCAGCCUGGCCUUCCUCGGCCUGAAGUCGUUCGAGGACGUGCUGCAGGUGUACAGAGGCGCCAAGUCGAUGCUGGGCGAGAUCCUGUCCUCGUGCGAGUUCAUCGACCAAGAGUCCAUCGCCUGUGCCCGAGACAACCUGCAGCUGGCGCCGCCGCUGGACGACUACCCGUGCAACAUGCUGAUCGAGACGUCGGGCAGCGACGACGACCACGACAAGGAGAAGCUGACCCGCUUCCUGGAGCACAUGAUGGAGAAGGAGCUGGUGCUGGACGGCACGUUGGCCUCCAACUCCCGCGAGAUGACGGCGAUGUGGACGCUGCGGGAGAGUAUCCCGGACGCCCUGCUCAGGGACGGCUACGCCUGGCUCUACGACGUGUCGCUGCCGCACCACAUGUUCUAUGAGUCAGUCGAGGAUAUGCGGCGCCACCUCAGCGGCUUCUCGGCGGACCAGGUCACGCGCGUCUGCGGCUUUGGACACCUCGGCGACGGCAACAUUCACCUGAACGUGACGGCGCCGCGGUUCGAUGCGUCCGUUGAGGGCGCCAUCGAGCCGCACCUGUUCGAGUGGACGGCCGCACAGGGCGGCAGCAUUAGCGCCGAGCACGGCAUCGGCUUCAAGAAGCGCGACCUGCUGCAUCUCUCCAAGACGCCGGCGGCCAUCCGGCUUAUGAAGACGCUCAAGGCCGUAAUGGACCCCAACGGCAUCCUCAAUCCGUACAAGGUGCUGCCGAGCAAGUAACACGGCGCCAUCCACAGAAUCCGCACCGGAAUCUUCGGAAUCAGAUUGGUCGUGGCCGGAAUCUGGAGCAGCUGGGGCCUGACGUGCAGUCGGUCACAGAAACCCUGCAGAGCAUCGCCUAGAGUGAAUGAGACCAACGCGUGCGAACUCAUUUUAGGACGACGCCCUCGUUGUGAAAGGGCUGGUUUAAGACAAAGGGGAAGAGGGUGAGUCAGUGAGUGAGUGAGUGAGUGAGUGAGUGAGUGAGUGAGUGAGUGAGUGAGUGAGUGAGUGAGUGAGUGAGUGAGUGAGUGAGUGAGUGUGAGAGAGAGAGAGGGGGGAGAGGGAGAGAGGGCGGCGAGCCUAGAAGCAUACAGGUGUCUGCACUUCAAAAUGGCGACUGGUGAGGCGGUGCGGCUUUGCUCGUAUUUACUGUUCGCUCGUUGAUUUCGUCAUCGUCGUGAAUGCUUCGCUCGCACGGACGGUCAGCGGGAGGCCAGAGUGAGGUGGAUCUGUUGACCGGCUGUGGAUCAUGCUGUCAAUGGGAAAUGGGUGGGUUAUAGUAGGUGACUCGUGCCGGACCAUCCGCGGAGUGCGGGCAGUUCGGUUCGCUGGAUUGUACAACGAUUGUGGUAAUUCGCCGUAAGGCGUCAGUUUCGUAGACACGCCACGCGGCCAAAGACGUACUUGCAGAUGAAAGGCAUAAUUUGGUGCAAUAUCAAACUACUCUGCGUACCUCAAUUACAUCCAUAUGCGUAGCUAGGAUGUUGUAAUGUGAUGGGUCUCGUUUGGCCGUUCAUUCUCUCCGUACAUUCCGUCCUGAGUGAAAUGCCUGUGUUUUGGUUCUGAUUACACCCGCCGGCCUUGGUCUUUCAGGUCGGCCAGCUCUUCUUUCAAAUCAGGCGUGGCCCUUUAACGUAAUGCUUGCCUCAAUACUGUCUUCUCUUGUUGAUGGGAUGUUCUGUUCGAGUUAAUGAAUGAACGUUUCUCUGCAGCGUGCUGACGGUAUUUGGAUGCGGCAUGUUGGAUUUACUUCUGCUCGUGACUGACUCAACUUGAGAGGUUGGUUGUGGGCUGUAUUCUGGGCAUUGUAACUCUUGUGCUUUCAUGUGGUGACAAGGAAUGUUGUUUUACUGAUGUGGUCAUGAUUAAUACAGUUGAAGU